UAACUUUGACCAGAAUAAAAAUACCGCCAAAUUAACCCAACGCCUUACUUUCCCGCCAUCAACUACCCCUCUCACACAUUUUUUUCCCGCGAAAUAUCCCUCUUUCCGCUUCUGGCUUUCUCCAAACCCUCUUCUCUCUUUCUCUCUCUCUCUCUCUCUCUCUCUCUCUCCAUCUUAGUCUGAAGCGGCCAUGGAAGCAAAACACACUUCCAUGAAAUGGAAGCGACCUUCACCUUCAAUGGACAUCAGCACCAGCAGCAAAUCUCAGAUCUAUCACAACAAUCGCUCCGGUCUGGUCAGAAAUAGUAACGGCCAUCCCGAGCUUCUGAGCCACCAAUCGAACCCGAAAAGGCCCAGAUCAGUAGAGCCGAUAAGACAAGGCUCUCUGGAUGGCAACAUGCCCCUCCACUCUCUGAUUAAGGAUCUCCGCGUCAAAAGGGUCUUUUCCGCAACCUCUAAGCCCCCUGAGAAUCUGACUGACCACCACAAAUUUGGCGCCGAAUUCGGUUCGUAUGAACAAGAAAAUGGCCCCAAGUCGGUGAAGAAUGGUGGGGUUGAGAGUUCUGGAAAUGGGUUUUCUCGCUCAGGUCCAGAUGUAGAUGAUUCGGAGAGCAAAGGGACUGAGAGAUUGGAUAUGGGUUUUGUGUCUAAAGCCCGAAGAACAGAUCAUUUGAGUCUUAAAUCUCCGGUGAGAGAAGGGAUUGGAGGCAUAUCAUCCGAUGUGGAGCAGAGGAGUGGUGAUGCGAAUCAGGAUUGUUCUCAGAAAUCAUCGGCUGAUGUGAAGGAAAAUGGUGUUCGUCUCAAUUUUGAAAAUAAAACCAAAUUGCAGGUCCUUAAGCCUCGACAGAGAGUGUUCAAAGCUCCUGGAUCAUUCGGUUAUCGAAGAUUGCUUCCGUAUCUUAAGGAUAUUGCCGAAGAUAUUUCUUGUGCGCUUGAUUUUUGUCAACACCCAAAUCUUUAUAAAGGAUCAGAAGGAAAACCAUUCCAGGGUAUGCGGGCUUCGAAAAAUCCACCGGGUUCCUUACAUCAAUUUGAUGCCCACAAACUUUCCAGGGAGUAUCAUACCAGUGGUUCUUCUACUCUGCUAGAAAAUGUACAAGUUUGUUUCCAGGAAACAUCUAAUGGCAAUGAGAGAAGUUCAGAAUCUCCUGAAUGUGUUCCUGCGUCACCAUCUAUAACUGUGGUGGAUGAGUGUCUGUCAAAGCCACCUGUCGAUGGACAGACUGAAAAGUUUGAUGUGGGAUUUUCUUGUAAAGCUCAGAAGUUAAAUGCCUCACCCCUUUCCUCUUCGGCUAUGGAGGAUUCUCAAGUUAACAAGGAUCAUGUAAUUGACACGCAUAUUGAUUUUUAUACACCAGCUGAAGAUGUGGGGACUUCUGAUAAAGCUGGUAAUGGCGAAGCUCAAAAUGUGGAAGAUAUGAAUUCCUUGUCGUCAUCUAUGAUGGAUGAGUGCUACUCAUGCAAGGUUAAUGUCAUAGGUCAGAACUGUGAGAACUCAAAUCAAAAUCAUAUAAACGAGCAGAGAGUUUACAAUGCUGGUCUGGUUCUCAAUCAGAUAGAUGACUCAAAUGAAGAAUCAGUCCAGAGGACACCACCAGAUGCUGAAAUGUUAGGUAAACUAGAGGUGGAAGUGAAAAGAAUUAGUAGAGCGGGAUAUGUUCUUCAGACUGCAAAUCUAAGUCUUGGGAAGCCAUCCAAUGUAUUUAAUCAUACAGAUGCUACCUGCGUUGAUGUUAAAAAACAGGAAUCUACUCCGAAGAGAAAGCGGGUUUUGAAUCCUUGUUCACGCCUGAAGUUAUUUAGAAGUCCAGGUUCAGUCAGCUACAGAAGAUUGCUUCCAUAUCUUUUGGAUAUCGAAAAAAAUAAUUCUUGUGCAAAUACUAAUAAGGAUUUGGAGCAUAGGCUACAGCCACCAUUGACUCCUAAUCAGCAAGAAACUCUAAUGGAUCAAUCAAAUGAUUUCAGAUUUCAUUCCGAGCAUCAGAUUUGUGAUCCUGGUACUCUACCAACACCUCAAUUAACCAGUGCUAAUGGCUCAUCCAAUUACGGUGGAGAUAAUCUAACAUCUCCUGAACACGUGGCUGAAUCUCAAAUGUCAUUUGAUGUACAAAAGGAACAACAUGUUCAACAGGCUGCAUCAGGUAAUCAAAGUAAAUUAGAAACUUCCCCUGACAUUGUGAGUUUGGGACAUGAAAAAGAUCCAAUCACUUUGUUCUUCCCAAGCACUUGUGAAGCUACUUCGAUAAAAGAUGGUGCAAUAUCAGUCACAAAUUCAUCAUCUGAUUGUCCUGAAGAGGACCACAUAGGCUCAAGAAUAGCAUUGUCCAGUGGGGGAAAGCCAUUGCCAGUUCAAGCCGACAGUUUGUGUCAGAACUCAUCCCAAAUUGAUGCAACAGUUUCUUCUGGUAUUCAUUCAGAUGGACUCAGAAAACAGAUCCUUAAAAGAAAUCCACGAGGAUGCAGAGGGCUCUGCACUUGUUUGAAUUGCACUUCGUUUCGACUCCAUGCAGAGAGAGCAUUUGAGUUCUCCAGAAAUCAGAUGCAAGAUGCUGAAGAAGUAGCUUUAGAUUUGAUGAAGGAACUAUCAAGUUUACGUAAGAUGUUUGAAAUGUCAGCUGUUGGUGCAAAUACUCACGUCGUGGAUUUAAAUGAGGUGAAAGAAGCUUGCAGGAAAGCAUCUGAAGCAGAAGAGAAUGCAAGAAACCGUCUUGAUGAAAUGAAUUAUGAUCUCAACAUUCACUGCAGAAUCACAUGCGUGCAUGGACCAAAGGUCACAUUUGCAAAUUAUGUAGAAGAAAAGUCAUCCCAAAAGCAAACUUUUCAGGCAACUAGUCUCAAGCCAUGAGAAAGAAAGAGAGUGGACUGAGAAGCUGCUCAAGAUUAAGAAGUAUAUUGCUAUUUAAAGGCAAAAAAAAGUUACAAAAGAACGCAAAGAUGAGAGUGUUUUAUCUGCAUUUGUAUGUACCCAUUGUUGCACUCUUAUAGAUUCAAGUAAUACUAAUGUUUCAGAUUUCUGUAAAAAUUCCUUAUUCACUUGAA